UUUGUUUAUCCUCUUGUGCUCUGUAAAGUUGCUGUAAAUUCAGUAGAAAAUGAAAGAAGAAAUAAGAAAAAAGAAAGAUGAAGAGUUUCAGGGAAAUUAAAGAGAGAAGAUGCUGGAAGUUAAUUUGGAAGGUUUUUCUUUUGUUCGAAGAAAUUUUUGUCAAAGAAAGAAUUAAAAGAUGAAGUAGAAAAUGAAGAAGAGACUGGGGGUUUCUUGAAGCGAAUUUCUUUGAUCUUCUAGGGUCCACUAAAGAAUUCAAAAACAAUAUUUAUUAUUGAAUACUACGUGUGAAAAGAAAUAAAGGGGCAAUGUCGGCCCAUCGCGCGAUGAGUAUGGCGGUUGUUUUACGCGGUUAAGCAGGCUGAGUAACUUAUUUAUUUGUUUAUUUAAAAAACUUGUACUAUAAAUAGCUUGCAUGCUGGGUUUUGUUGAAUGUUGGCAUUGCUUUCCGCCCCAAAGCAAAACAUAAAUUGUUCAUUCAAUGGAAACAAGCAGAAGACGCUUCAUUUCGGGUCGAAAGGGAAAGAGUUCAGCAAAAUACAUGAGGAGGAGAUUUAAGAAGUUGAAAGAAGAGAUGAAAGAGAUCUGCAGGGAGCAGCAAAGCAUUAGGGAAGGGCAAAGGCAAGUUGCAGCAAAAUUCAAGGCAAUCGAAGAAGAAUGUGAGCAACUGAGGAAGGAGACUCACCAGAUUAUUCGACAAAGUGCCAAAACUCAAAUUCGCCUCAUCCUGAUGUUAAAUAUCCUCAAGGCACGAGAACAAGGCGAUUUCUCCAAAGCUACUAACUUAACUCAACUGCUUCGUGAAAUAAUAGCCAGAGAUAAUGUGUCACAGUCCACAGAUCCGUGACUAAUCCAGCCCCUAUGGAUUAUUGAGCUAAUCCACAUGCAAGCGUCCAUCAGCUGUCACCUUGGUAGCGAAGCAAAGUAUUCUAGGGCAGCUAGAAUACUUUACAAAAAUAAAGUUUUCCUUAUUGAUUACUUGCUCAUCAAAGAGGCAUAGUUUUAGGACUUUACUUUUCUUGUACUCUAAAAAAGUCUAGGCUAGAUACUUCCAUAUUUAUUUUUACUUGCACACUAAGUUUAGGUUAAGUAAGCUAUUAUAAAUAGUACCUUUAGGAGUCAUUGUAAGGCAAUCAAAUCAAGUUUUUCGAAUCAAGCAAUUUACUUUGUGCUUAGAUCUUAGGUACUUUAUUUUUCCCUUAUUUGAGCAAUACUACUUAUUUAUUCUCUCCAAUCUUUUUCUUCAUAUCUACUUACUUUACGUUUUCGCGCCAAUCAUCCAAAAACCUCGUUUAGGAUUGCUUAAUCUUACGAACACGAGACUAUAGCGCCGCACGAAACUUGGCUAAAGUUUCAAACUCAUGACAGUUGAUAUCAGAGCAACACUUUCCAAAGUUAAGUAUCAUACAUUUGAAGAUUGAGAAAGAGAAUGACAUCAAUUGGUGAUUAGACCACAUCUCGCUUGAACGCCUUGGUUCAAGAUAGUGUGAGCGUUGCAAAUAGGGAAACUAUGCACGCAAGUGUUUCGAAGCGUUACGAGUUUGAGGACAUCUUGCAAGCACUGGAUAAUCGUGUAUCUUGUCAUGAGACGGUUAUCAAUCACGAGGUGUGGAGCAACUUUAAACGGGUUGAAGACAUCAUCGAGCAGCUAGGGUCCAAUAGCGAUGAGCUUCACAAAGGAUGGCACAACAUGGUGGAUUCAUUAAUUUGCCACGAUGUGGGGCUAGAUGAAUUGAUGGCAAACAAGUACUGGGAAGACAUGUUCCACGACUUCCUUAUAGAGCAAAGGAGAUUUGAUUCACUGAGUUUUGAUACUACUUACGCGUUAAGCUUAAAUCCUGUAUGUGUAGCAAAUGGAGACAUUGCACACAUAGGAGCCGUGUGCUUGGAUGAAACUGGCCAACCACAAGCCAGUAAUCCAUAUGGCAAAACACAUCCCAACUUGGAAGUGUUCUUAAGACAGUUGGAGAAAAACUGCCUCAAACACACCCAUGGGACUUGUGGGGAACCUGAUGAAGAGUUGUGGUCGAAAGAGACCAUGAGGCAACGAGGGCAUUGCCUAAAUCAAGUGGGGGAGAAUGUCUCGAUUUGCAGAUCGGUGACUAGUUUAGCCCAUAUGGACUGCCGAGCCAAUCCACAUGCAAAAGUCCAUUAGCUGUCACCUUGGCAGCAAAGCAAA